AGACGAACUGUUUACUGACCUACCUGCGGAUAUUGAAGGAGAGGUUGGAGGAAACGUUAGGAACUCCUGUGAGAGGGGGACAGUCAUAAAGGGCCCCGGGCAUGAUGCUAUCUACCAACAACAGGCGACAAGUCCGGAAUUAUAUACCAGUAACAGUGACAACCAGUAUUUUCAACAAAGUCCUAAAUUUAACAGCGGAAUUCCUGGACAGUUCCCUCAUGUGUAUAACCCAGUUGAACAACGAUCCCGCCCUUGUCACAUGUCAACAUUUUGUGGUUAUUCUCAAGGAUCACCAACUUCCGCUUUUAGUGCAGGCCUUAAUUCCGGGGCGAAUAAUUUUGAGCAUUAUGAUUGGUCGAAUACUGCACAUACAUUUACAUCUUCUGCUCCGCACCAAAUGGGUUUAGAGAAAGACAGUGAAAUGAAUUACCCAUUCAAAAACAACAACAACAACAAAGAAAUGUACACUGACCAGUUGGGCGAUUUUCAUUCCAGUUG